UUCACGAACCAUCGAGGAGUACGGAUCGUGUCUUCGUGUGAAUCGCUCGUAUAAUUCGUUGACCAAAAAUAUUGUUAACAUUCGUUAUAUACUCUUCGUUUCGCUAAUCGUGCUUUAUUAUUCAAAUCAUAAAAUUUUUUCAUCGAAAAAUGUACAUGGUCGGUAAUAUCGCUAAUUAUCAACUAUCAUUUGGAUAAAUAGAUAUUUAUAAUGAUUAUCGUUUGUGCCGGUAAACGUUGCGAGGUAGUUCUUGAGAUAUGCAAUCGUUGACGUGUAUGCAGAACGAAUCUACGCGUGAUCAACGAUUUUGGACCGCAAAACACGAAUUACAAUCUCGCUGGUGUCGGCUAAAGAGUUUGUCUGGUAAAACGAGACGGCGUGGCGUCUGUAUCGGGAAACGACGUAGUUGUGUCUCGCGUACGGAUUAGAACGCGAGUGAAUGAUUGUUGGAGAGUGGUAAAAGAGGCGGGAUGAGUGCGAGAGAAGUCACCCUCAUCGGCGGCUCCCCUUGGGGAUUCCGUAUGCAUGGUGGGCAUGACCUGCAUCAACCCCUUCGCAUCUCUAGAGUUAAUCCGGGCAGUAAAGCGGCUCAACAGGGGGUGAGAGAGGGUGAUUUAAUUAGCAGCAUAAAUGGAAGAACUACCAGGGAUUUAACGAACAGCGAAGCGCAUGCACUCUUACGGAACGCCGGUGAACACUUGAAACUCGGUUUGAAUCAGGAAAAUAUUGGCUCGCCGAAGAGACGAAUUUAUAGAAGCAGUUUGCAGGAGAACACCACUACUGAAAUUCUCACUAAGACGACGACAACGACGAGAACGACCACGACCACGUCGAACACACGGAUCCCAUCGACAGAUUCGAAGAAGAACGAAACAAAUGACGCAAAACCUGAUCAGAGCUACGCCAGUCAGAACGGUGGUCCAAAGAGUUCGUUGAUCCAGCAACGAGACGAAAUCAAGAAAAGAUGCGGUUAUAAUUUUGCGACAAAGGAAACUGACAAUGAGUACGGUCUUCUGCACGAGAUUGACAGUGCUUUGAAAUUCGGCAAAGGAUUUCUGUUUGGUAAAGAGAACGUUAUGUUCGCUCCCACGUUUAAAGCUUCUUCCGCAACACCAGGCGUUUGGUCACCUGGAAGCGAGCCACCCCCGAAGGAGCCGAGCCCCGAGCGGAAAGAGUCUCAAAAGGAUGGUGGUAUACCACCGAUCUGGACGCCUUCCAGCGCUGGGGCAAGCCCAAUUGCCGAGAAAAAGGAAUUUCGACCGGUUCAAUUCGAGAGCCCUACCCUAAGCCGGAAGAAGGUAGCGCAGCAAGAAAGCACGCAGGAAACUCCACCGCCUUGGGAGGCGGAAAAGAAGGAAAUAACAAGAAGUAGUUAUGAGAGCGCUAGUACGAGUUCGCGAAUUGUCAAUUCCCACUCAGCACCGUCCCAGGGAUUAAAUUCAUUAAGUUCAACGCCUCGACUGCCACGUGCUCAGAAUCCAACUAUAACGCUGCUUCAAAAAGCAAGAGAAGGGCAAUUGCCAAAGGGAGCAGCCUAUCUGGAAGAGAACGAGACGGAAAAGCGUCCAACCAGCGACGAGAAAGGCAUAAUUAGUCCAGGAGAGAUCAUAUACACGGUGAAGAAAGAAUACGAGAGCGAGCCGGAAACGGAAAACGAACCGCCGAAGAAGAUGGCCGACUUGGGUCCUCGAAAAUUCGAGGGUAUCGGCCCAACAUCUAAGGAGGGUAUUCCCCUUGUUUUGAGAUCGGAAGUCAAGGAGAAUAAUCAGACAAAGUGGUAUAAGAAAAUGUACGACUCGUUGCAUCGUGCAGACAGAAGCGAUGACUACGUAACCAUUCGUUACAAACAGAGAAGAGGGACGAGAUACGGUUACGGAAGCGGAAGUGGAUAUUUAAGCGAACCGGAACACCGUUUGUACUCGGAUCGGUCCGCCACCCUCGACAAUCGUCGACGCCUUCGUAACAGGGAAAAUGAUUUCUUCACAUCGACUAUGCCCAGAAAUUCGAGGAAUGGCACGUUGAAGUACAGUUCAGAGGUUUAUAAAAAUCAGCCUGGCCGUAUCGAGGACUACGAGCCUGGACGAUCUUCGAUCGCCGAAAAGGAAGCCAAGGAGUGGUGGGACGAGGUCAUGGACAUAUUUGACGGGUGGUUGAACGACAAUGGACAUCAUCCUCAGGGUGCAGGGAUGGAGGAUCUCGGCGAAGCGCAGCUGAGCCACCGCGCUCUGAGCCUCUCCUACCGACCGGAGACCGGUCGCAAUCCGUUCGACCAGCACAAAAAUCACCCGCCGCAAAGAUUGAAACCUUAUAUGUCGCACGCUCUCAAAGAGUCGGGAUACGAGAGUGAUUCGACGCUGGUGUUUCGUCGCAAGGAGGACAUCAGUCCGUUGAGUCAGCUCGAGCAAAGAUUGGCCUACAAAACGGUUCAAAGUGGUGGCGACGUGCCCCUUCAUGGCCUUCGUAAACCAGCCCCAGAACGACCGAAGGACGAAACUGGCCUCGAGUAUUUCCCUAUCUCGCCCACAUUGACACGGAUCCGUGUACAGCGGAAAAACGGCGGCUCCUCGACCAAGUGUGCCGCAAUUUUGUCGCGAAACGAGACCCCGUUAAUCGAUCGAUACGCCAAGAAAAUGGACGUUCGAUCGACAAUUGUUUCGGGGGCAAAGAGAAGAGACAUUGCUUUCAACGAUCCUCCUCGGUUGAAGAUAGCGUCCAGGCCACCGUCCCCGCCAAGAAGACAGUCCUCCAGGAACAGCAAGACUCUCAAACUGUACGGAAACGCGAAACGUCAAACUGUGCACGAUACGUUUAAGUCGAGGCACAAGCAGUGCUUUUUCAACGAACAGUCAACGUCCAACGUUGUCACGCUCAGAGAACGAUUCUGCGGAGAUUCUGUAGACGCGAAGAAAAGUCGCGAGACUGUGCACCCUUCCUCUUCGUUUCGAACGCCUCGUUCGAAAGUUUUGACACCGUCGUGCAAGAAGAAGACCGAGGACUCGCGUCUGUCGCCCGACUCGAAAAGUUUCUCGGCAGCCGAUGGGGGCAGAACUCGGAUUUAUGGGGACGGUUCGUCCUUGUGGAGGCCUGGAGGCAGCGAACACUCCAUCAAAUCCGAGCCGAAACACGGGCUGGACGAUAAAUCGUCCUCCAUUUUGAAGAUGUCCUCGAAGCACGUGUCGCCCUCUGCGACGAGAUCGACGAAAGAAAAGUUGGAGUGCAAUGGAGUAGUCGGUAAUACAGUUUCUCAUUCGAGGAAAACUAACGUCAGAAGGCGGUUGACGCGGAAGGAACAGGAGGAGUCGUCGAGAAGAUUAGCCAGAUCGUCGGUCGAUCUACUCUCCUCGAUGGAGAGUAGGAAACGUUUGCAAAAGUGUGGGGAGAAAGGUGAUGUUCGCACGACUGUGCUGCCCUCUGGAACGCUUGUCAAAAGCUCGACCAUGUUGUACUCCUCGAGUUCGAGCAGCGGCAGGCAGAGGCCGCCACGGGACAAGUCUUUGAAGGUCGUCGUGACGGUGUCGUCCAAAGGACAGGAGAUUUUGAGGAAGCCUUUGGACUCGAUUCCCGCGGCAAAGUCUACCUCUUCCUUGAAAUCAUCCUCGGCCACUUCUUCGCCGUCGGUUGUACGUAGAACGGAUCCCAAGAAGCCUAGGACGAUAGUCGGGCAGCCUGACAAGAUGGGUUCCAGCAGAGAGUUCACGUCUUCCUCGGAGGCGAUUAGCGAAUCGAGUAAGAAGAAGAGGCAGAGACCUCGCACUAUCGUGAGAUCUCCUGCCAGGAAGCUGGAAACCAUUCGGAUUGAUCCCGACAAGAAGAAAAUAGAAGCGAAUAGGAGAUCGAGGAAAGUCGAGAAUGGCGAUAAGACGAAGAAAUUGAGGGAUGACGAAACGAUGGAAAGUGACAGAAAAAGUAACAUAGAGAACGAAGAGCCUAACAUCAGGCAUAUAUGUAAAUCGAAACAGGACCAACGAUCUUCGUCGCUGAGCGUCGUGGAAGAGAUAAAGAAGCAUGGCACUCGUUCCGACACGUUUUUCCAAAAUCUCUUUUUAAGAUCCAUUUCUUCGACUGUUUCCAGUGAAAAUGUCCCUUGGAGAGGAUCGAACAUGGUCAGCGAACGAGCCAGGAUUUAUCAAGAGAACAGCAGAGAAGGUAGCAAGUCGGAGCCGUCCUUGAAGUCUCUCAGCAUCUACUUGGCCCACAAGCGACCGGUGUCGAACUCGAAGUUCAAAAACUGGGAGAAGGGGAGUAUUUCUUCCAGAAGUUCGAGCCCGUACGGGGUCAGUUGGCCUGGCAGAAGCAUGUUUCAAAAGGUGAGCAAGUUCGACAGUCUUCUUGGCAUCGAGGACUUUGGAUCGUCGACAUUGCGCGACAAAAGUCCAGACCCUGUGAAAGAGCGUUUCAAGGAGAGGAGUUUGAGCGAGCCACCUUUGAAGACCGAGUGUUCCGAGCAUUCGUCUUCGCGCGCUUCCUCCCCGAUCAGAUCACCAGCCUGCAGGCGUAUACGUAGCUUGAGACAGGAUGGGCCGAGUACCAUUGUCGCGAGGAAGGUUAGAGCCAGGAGCGCCGGCGAAGCAGAACAAUCGCGGAAAUUCGGAUCCGAUUUGUCCCUGGCCAGAAGCACGAAUUCGCUUUGCGCCUCGCCGAUCGAUCGUGAGGAGUAUCAUCGAUACGUAGUUGGUAUGUCGCACGACAGGAGAAGAUCAGAAAGAUACAAGGAGUUGUACGACUUCUACUCGAGUCUGGAGAGGUUAGGCGAAUUGGAGAGAACGUUUUCCUCGUCCGAUUUGAGGCCAAGAGUGAAAAACGAAGAGAUAAUUGAUUACGACAGAUGGAAGAAGGUGAGAUCGCAGGAGAAAGCCGAGGUUGAACUUGGCAGUUUGUAUGGAAAGUUGAAGGCUGUUCAGAAAGAGAAAAACUUUUUGUUCAGCACCAAGGAUAUCGGCAAGUUCAAGUGGCACGGUGAUUGCAACUUGAGGUGCAAGGAACGAUCGGUGGAGAACAUUAUCCAACAUUUCAAGAGACUGCAAUCCGAAGGAAGCGAAUUGGAUUCUUCGAAAAGAAGAGAAAUAUCGUGGAGGAAGGACACGUAUAAACCCCUUUGGCGUGGCACGUCUGUGAUAAACGUGGCUACCACGAUGCAAGUGAAAGCGAAUGGAUCUAAAAACGAGAGAUGUUUGGAUCAUUUGGAUCACCCAUCGUUGCAAAGAAGCCUCGGAGGAAGUAAAAAGUUCUGGAGCAGUUUGUCCAUCGAGCAAGUGGCCACCUUGAAGAAGCAAUUAAACGAAAUUUAUGGCAGCGAUAAUUUACAGAGAUCAUCCGAAAUAGGCGAGCAUAGACGGGAAAAGAAGGAAGGAAGUGACAAACAGCAAGAUUCUCUGUCCAAGUACGAAAUUAUCGUUCCACCCCAAAUCGACUCGACCGAUAAAGACGACGCCAAGGGUCUUCACGUGCGAUGUCACUCGAUGAUUACGUCUGAUGCUUCUCCAAGUGAUCAGAAAUCGUUUACGGAUCGUGCAGAAUCGUUGAGGAGAAGUGGUUCUAUUAGCCGAGGUAAAAGUAUGGAAGGAAGAUCUGACAGAAGCGUAAUCAGUGUUACGUCAUCUAUGAGCGAAUUAGAGAGGAAGAGGCUCUCCGUGACGAUCGGCAAAGAAGUUCUGGACAAAAUCUCGCAGAGAAGGCUGUCAAUGCCAUUGACAGCUCCCCGCGAGACUCGAGGUAGCAUAGCUGCUGCGCUUGCCGUUAAAAAGAUACCGAAGAUAACACGUUCCUCGACCGCGCCCAGUGUAACAAGCACCUCACCUAGGAGCUGUUAUUCUUUGGAACCGCAGAGCGCGGAAGAUUCGUCGAGAGUCAAAGAGAAGAACGAUUUUCUCCUAGUUCUGACACCGAACAAUAAAAGCCCGUCGGACAGACGCAGAGUAGAGAACGUUUUAGAGGAGUGGUCGAAGAAACCACCUCUUCUGGCGAUCGCGAUGCCCGACACGCCUGAUCAGACAAAAACUGUGGCCCCUAAUUCGGGCAGCGAAGGAAACAGCACGACGGAGAGCUCCGAGACGUCUGUGAGGACUGUCGUUCAACGAAAUAUAGAAUCUCAAGAUGUUCCAGCGAAGAUAGAGUUUUUCGAGAGCGUGGAGAAGAGCGCGGAUACCCAGCAGUCGGAUCGUGGAAAAAGGAAGAAUAAAAAGGAAGAGACGAAACGGAAACCGGGAAGAUUAUCCUCUUCUCAAAGUUUCGCCGAUUUGAGGGAACUCUUUGGCGAGUCGGAGGCCGGUAAAUAUGCGUUGUCCGGGUGCAGGACACGCUCGAUCUCGCCCAGAGCAAUGUCUGACAAGCGAAAAGGAAGCAGCCCUGCUCGGGAAAUGGACACCAAUGCACGAACGCACUUCUGUUCACGCGACCGUGAACACGAUAGGCCUCGCAGCGUCAGUCCGUGUCGCGUAACCACUCGAUCGAAUUCAUCCUGCAGUCUGGAGAGCAUUUGGCUUCGUAGCUCUUCACCCGACCCGGACAAGUAUUGGCGUGCCUAUUUGAAACUAGUAAAAAAUGGCACGGUGAGACGACUCAGGGCCAAAUUCGAAAGCGCUGAAGAUCUUCGUGGCAGCAGAGUCAGAGUGGUUCCAGCGCCUAAAAAAUUUCAAAGCGAUCCCGAACUAGCCAGGUGUCUUUUGAGAAAGGUGGACGAGGGCAAAUUGAAGCCUCACGAGUUCGCAGACGUGGCUUGGUUGCGGCGAAAGUACGAGCCUCGAAGAGGUAGAGCGCGUCGCAGAGGGGAAUCACCGCCGAUCCCGCGUGUGCCGUUGAGAAAGGAGGAUCUGUCCAUGCCUCACAUCGAUGUUAUCAGCAAAACGGCGGAAUUGAAGGAUUCGUCGACUGUCACGUCCACUAUUACGAAUUCCGUGGCCAGAAAGGCGGAGACUAAGGAAUUGGAAGCGAAGAAACCAGUUGGUCGAAUGAGGAAGAAGUUCGAAAAAUUUGCUACGCAAAAAACUUCGAUUCUGGGUGAAAUGUUCACUUCGUCGCCGGACGUGCACGAAUUGAGAGACAUUGCACCUUAUUUGGCUGGCCGUUGGGUGGCGCACAGGUACCCCAGUAGAAGGGAUAACAUGCGUUCAUUGUCUUCGCCGCCAGAUCUCGCUGGUAGACCGUGUCCCGCCUCGAAAAGCGAGGUUAGCUCUGGAUCCACGAAAACGCAGAGCAAGGAAGGAGGUAAAUUGAUUGGAAAAGUGCGAGGUGUCUCGUCGAAGGGACCGUCAUCGAUUUUGAAACAGUCUGACGGUGAUCAAACGUUUGAUCCUGAUAAGCACAGACCGAAAUUUAGAUAUCAACCACCUCCUCCGCCAUCCUCGCCGAACGUUCGACGAAAAGCCACGUGUUGGUGGUCGCCGAUUCCUAUCUACACGGCUCGACCUACCGUCACUUUCGAAGAAUACUCGAACGCACCCCCGCCGCCGCCAAAAUCUCAGCACUACAGAGACGACUGCCAAGAAUCACCGAGGCGUUAUGUGGAGGGCGAGGUGACGAUUCACUAUCGUUCACCAGUGCGUACAGAGGCGAAAGAACCAUUGAGCGAGGAAGAGCUCGCUCGUCGAAGCGCGGAGAAUAUGCGACGCGUUUAUCAAGAGGAACGGCGUCGCAAAUAUCUCCAGGAGCUCCACGACAUCGAUUCGAGGAGGCACACCGACAACUUCAUACCAUCGCAGAAAUCGCCGAUCCCUUUGAACCGUUACGACGAUUUCGUGGACGAUCUGAGCCACAGAAGCCGAUCCCAGGAGCAAACACCGGAACCUCGGCUCGUGGCAAGGGCGCUCUACAACUUUAUCGGCCAAUCUUGCCGGGAAUUGAAUUUCCGCCGCGGUGACAUAAUAUUCGUGCGUCGCCAGGUAGACAAGAACUGGUACGAGGGUGAGCAUAACGCUAUGAUCGGCCUGUUCCCAUCGAAUUACGUCGAGAUUUUACCCUAUGACGGUAUGCGAACCACACCAAAGAAACCAUACGAGGGACAAGCACGAGCUAAAUUCAACUUCGUUGCUCAAACAAAUCUCGAGUUAUCUUUGGCCAAAGGAGAACUUGUCGUCUUGACGAGAAGAGUAGAUGAAAAUUGGUAUGAGGGACGUAUUGGAAACAGAAAAGGGAUAUUCCCCAUCUCUUACGUCGAAGUUAUCACAGAGCCUGGCCUCAGAUCAGAAACGCCAACACAAAACAAACCAGUUGCCGCUCCAGCUGCGCAUAGCCUUUUGGCAAACGGAUCAGCUGGAGGGAAAAUGAGUAUGGGACCUCAUCACUAUAUGCCGUCCAUACCAGUUAAUAUGAACACAACUCAGCCACACUAUAAUUCACUGCCACGAAUGGGAGGGAACAAAUUGCAUGUUUCCGAAGCAUUACACAUCGACACACACUCUGAACCAAUACCAUAUCGAGCUCUCUACAAUUAUAGACCACAAAACGAAGAUGAACUUGAACUGAAAGAAGGCGACACGGUAUACGUAAUGGAAAAAUGCGACGACGGUUGGUACGUUGGUUCCAGUCAAAGGACCGGCUACUUUGGUACUUUCCCCGGCAAUUACGUGGAACGAUUGUGAAAAAUGACAACGAGCUGUAUCGAGCCACGAUUUACGUUUUACCAAAGCACUAAAAAUUCGAAUCGUUAAAAUAGAUAAUUUUUAAUCGAUCGAUGAUAAGGAUCAACGAGAUAUGUGUCUCAUUACAGUCUUCCUAUUCGUAAAUUUCAACGAUAAUAAAAAAAAAAAAAUGAUACCUAAAAAUAGAAAAAAAAAAAAACGAAAAAACGAAAAUACAAUCAUAUAGAUACUUUUAGUAAUAUUGCAAACACAUGAGAAACUCAUCGAAACGAACCUUAUCGUUGAAGAUUCACCAAAAAAAAAAAAAAAAACGAAACUUAACGUUAGGGAUUUCAUAACGUGUAUGUAGUGUAUAAUAAUGUUUUAGUAAUUUAUUAUACGACGAGAACGACGUGCGUCAGGCGGACGUUGCGAGGCAUCGGAAUAAAAAAAAAAAACGAACGCGACAGGAAAUACGUUUUGUUCGUAUAAAUGGAAACGAUUAAUAUAUAGAGAUAAUGUGAAUUUUUACACAUGCAGAACCAUCGACAGAAUAACGAAACAAAAAAGUUUCCGUCGAGCCUAUUUCCGUGUAAUCGUAAAACGGAACCCUAUCGAGAGGACUAUCUCUGGUUUCACCAGCAACGAACGAAGUUAUUCGUGUUUUAUCGAUCAAGUGGCAAUCGUGAAUUUCAUCCAUUUGUGGACAGAAAUUCGAAUUGGGUAAAAUUUACAUUAAACCGAAAGUUUCUUUUGAACCCCUUUUGCUAUGCUUUCGGUUAUACGCCAUUUUCAGUAACACGUGCACGAACAAGACCAUUAAUCGAUAAGCAAGGAAUCUGCUUAACCUGUUAACGGUGUUAAAAAUACGAAGUUAUCUAUUUAUCAUUAUUUAGUGAAAUUGCAAAUUGUUUGCACCGUACAUGUUAAACUUUUCAAACAAACCAAAGAAUCAUUUCGAGUAAUUUAAUCUCGAAAAUUUUACGAUCUAACUUUUAAACGAGAAGUUUGCCUUGUUUAAACGACCUAUUCGCGUACGAGAAACGUAUAUUAACGUAAUUUCGUGAAGAUUGUUCCAGAUCGUGAGAUUUUUUAGUAAAGAGUUGGUAAUUCGAGACGAGAGUUGAUUUCAAUUCGCGGAGAAGACGUUUUCUUCUGUGUUUGUAGAUAAAUCAGCCGUGUUAUUGUUAUAUUCGUGAGUAUUCAAGAAUAAACGAUUUACAAUUAUAUAAUUAAAAGUUUGCCUUCCCAAAUUAAUAUUUUUGUAAACAUUAUUUGUAUCCAGAGUUAUAUAUAUAUAUACAUAUAUAAAUGAAUUAUAUAAUAUGUAUAGAAGAUAUAUCUAUAUACAUACGUAUACAUAGUUACAAUAUUAUAUAAUAAUGAAUUGUAAUAAGUAAUCAACGGCAUAAUUAAUCGCGCACGUGUUAAGAUGCACCCAUGUAAAUUUCACGAAGAAAUAACAAAGAAACGAAUCGUAUUAAACUAUAUAUCAUUAAUUAAUCGUAACUAAAAGGAUUUUCGCCGAUGUCACACCGAGUAUAAGAUUCAACGACGAUUUUCAAAGACGUUUCGCCAUGACGUUACAGUUUACAUUAAGUCUAGAUAUAAAAAAAA